AUGAAAUAAGCUUAGUUAUUAUUAAGAAGAUCAUUUUUAUCAUUGAAACCACUAUUCUUUUGCUCAUCAACUAAUUAACCUCCUUAAACUCCUUAAUAACCAUAAAUUCAUUCUGUUGUUGAUAAUUUCUCAGCAUCAUAUUGUGUAUCAGAUACAAUACCUGGAACUUAUUAAGGUGGAAAUGGUGUUUAUGUAAUUAUGUUUAAAUGUGGUCCUUGUGGAAAUAAAAUGGCUCGUACUUUUACAAAAGAUGCAUAUCAUAAAGGUGUUGUUCUUAUAAGAUGUGAUUAAUGUGAUAAUAUUCAUCUUAUUGCUGAUAAUUUGGGAUGGUUCCAAGAUGAAAAAUGGAAUGUUGAAAUUCAUGCAUAAGAAUAGGGAUAAUAAUUAAAUAAAAUUAUCGAUCCAUAAGUAUCAAAACUAGUGAAUGAAUUCAUUUAAAAAUAAAAAAAUUCUUGA